GCGUAAAACGUGUGAUAGUUUAGGGCCCUGUUUGACUGUCCUUUUAUUACCCAGAUGAUCGAAGUCUCUGGUUCACAUCUUUCGCUCUUCUGCUCUCCACCUGUGAGUCGUGACUAGUGACUCACUUCUCCUUCCUUUGCAUUUGAAUUCCAGAGAAAAUGAUGGCUACCCAUAUUAGCAGUGGUGCUUGUCUCUCUGUUUUCUGUCAGAGGAAGGGAAUUUACAGAGUGAGAGCUGUAGCUUCUGAGAGUGCUCCUGCUGCUUCGAAAAUCGAGGAAGAGAAGGUGAAAUUGGGAGGAUCUGAUUUGAGGGUGACAAGGCUUGGAAUUGGAGCUUGGUCAUGGGGUGACAACAGCUACUGGAACAACUUUGAGUGGGACGACAGGAAAAUGAAGGAUGCUAAGUCUGCUUUUGAAACUAGUGUUGAUUGUGGUAUAACCUUUUUUGAUACCGCUGAAGUUUAUGGCUCUAGGCUCUCACUUGGUGCUGUAAAGUCAGAAACUCUUCUGGGAAGAUUCAUCAAGGAAAGGAAAGAAACAGAUCCUGAAUUGGAGGUUGCUAUUGCAACAAAGUUCGCAGCUUUGCCUUGGAGGCUAGGACGUCAGAGUGUCUUAACUGCCCUUAAGGAUUCCAUUUGUCACCUUGGAGUUUCUUCAGUAGAGCUUUAUCAACUGCAUUGGCCUGGAAUAUGGGGAAAUGAAGGGUAUCUUGACGGCCUUGGAGAUGCAGUGGAGCAGGGCCUUGUGAAGGCAGUUGGCGUUUCAAACUACAGUGAAAGCCGACUUCGUGAUGCUUAUGAGAGGCUUAAGAAAAGAGGUAUUCCAUUGGCUUCAAACCAAGUGAAUUACAGCCUAAUAUAUAGGGCACCAGAGGAGAAUGGAGUGAAGGCAGCCUGCGAUGAACUUGGGAUCACUUUGAUUGCAUAUUCUCCCAUUGCUCAAGGAGCUCUUACAGGAAAGUAUACACCAGAAAAUCUUCCAACUGGCCCUCGAAGCAGAAUUUACACACCAGAGUUUCUAAUAAAGCUCCAACCUCUACUGAACAGAAUCAAGGAAAUAGGAGAGAACUACAAUAAAACUCCCACACAGGUGGCCUUGAACUGGCUAAUAGCACAGGAGAAUGUAGUUCCAAUCCCAGGAGCCAAAACUGCAGAACAGGCCAAGGAAUUUGUAGGUGCACUUGGGUGGAGACUCACAAGCGAAGAGAUCAAUGAGCUGCGCUCAAUGGCAUUGGAGAUACAACCUGUUAUUGGCUUCCCUGCUGAAAAGUUAUAAAUUUUAUUCAUGCAUUUAAGUAAAUGCAAGUCUGGCAAUUCUGUAGUAACUCAUUGAUCUCCUACAUGACUUUCCUAUUAAAAAAAAAAAAAAAAAAUCAGGGGUGUUGAAGUUGUUCACUAUCAUGUAGUUGCAUUUGCUACAGUAGGCUUGAAUACAUGUUAGGUAUAGGCAAUUAAGUUGUGUUUGUUGGUAAAGGAAGCUACUCUGGCAGGACCAAAGCAAAAUUACAAUGCAAAUGUAUAUAAAUGCAGAACUCGCAUGAUUAGUGGUUAUUACCUAACAUUUGUUGAAGACUUGAAGCUUGACGUUGAUUUUAUAAUAAUGCAAAGGCGUCUUGUCUUUCAAUUGAGUGGA